UUGAUUUUUUUUCUUCUUCACGUUUUCACAUUUGUUUGUUUAUGGAAUUUAAUCAAUUUAAUUAAUCAUGUUUAAUAGAAUUACAUGUUCACAAUUAUUUAAUUUAAGAUGUUUACCUGGUCGGCUAUCAUCUUCUUCGGCUAAAUCAUUUAGUCAAAGUGAAAUACAAAUCUCUCUCACAGAUGAUGGACAGACUAUAGUUAUGCUCCAUCCUGAGCAGUCUUUUCCUUAUGAACAUACUAAGCCUUUACCGAAAGUUGAGACCAAAUUAAAGGAAGAAGAUUCAGUUUUGAAAUUGGAACUUCGUGAAGAUACUAACGAUCUAAUGUUCAAAAAAGAUUUGACUGCAGAAGAGUUAAUCAGAAUCACUCAUCAAUCAAGACGAUUUUGGAUAGAGCAAAGUUGCCACAGGAGAUUCUUCAAUCGAAGGAAAUUAAUGUCAAAGACAAUUUGGGACAAUAAAGACCGAGAGGGAAUAUAAUCAAAAUCCUUGCCAAUACUACAACUGUAAACAUGGAGUGAAAAUUUGAUUAACAUUUGUAAAUGAUAAAAGAAAUCAAGUUGUAUCAAUUUGUAGGAAAAAAAGUUAAUAGUUUAAUCAUUAAUUGAAGAUGAACUUUAAGUUCUGA